CCUACCUUCUAGGUAUUGUCGCUCUCUUUGUAAGUGCGUGCUCGCUAGCUGCUCGUCCCUCGCGAGCUUGCCCCCGCCGUGACGAUUCAACCCAGGAAUUUUGCUCGCUAGGGUCAGAUCGACGCGGAAAGAAUGCUGACCGGGCUAAAUCCGCGACGAAUAUGGCCUUAGAUAGAAAUAGGCGCUGCCGCUGCUUAGGAUCAUCGGGAUAGCGCAAGGUCAUGGCGCUCUCCAGGAUCUUCCUCCUCCUCUGCCUCUUCCUCGUCGCGUCCGUGCUCACCUAUCAGUCCCUGAGCGUGGCGCGGAGCUCCGCGGUGCGAAAUUUCGGCCGAUCGCGGGCAGCCGGCGCCGCAUCGUCGGCUCUCGUCUCAAUGCCGCGGGAUUUCGCCAAGGCGCGGCGCAGGGAGCGGCGCUUCCACACCGCGGUCACGGCCACAUCGGCGCUCUACAAUCGCUGGCAGUGCCGGAUCAUGUACUACUGGUACAAGAAGUUCAAGGACGAGGCUGGAUCCGAGAUGGGAGGGUUUACGCGUGUGCUCCACUCCGGGAAGCCCGAUAAUCUCAUGGACGAAAUUCCCACCUUUGUGGUCGACCCUCUCCCCCCGGGCAUGGAUAAGGGAUACGUUGUUCUAAACAGGCCCUGGGCUUUCGUCCAAUGGUUGCAAAAGGCCAACAUCGAAGAGGAGUAUAUAUUCAUGGCCGAGCCGGACCAUGUCAUUCUCAGGCCAAUUCCAAAUCUUGCCAUAGACGACAUGCCUGCAGCGUAUCCAUUCUUUUACAUCACGCCCAAGUCACACGAGAAGUUGCUUCGGAGGUACUUCCCCGAAGAUAGAGGACCCAUUACUAACAUUGAUCCAAUUGGGAACUCACCCGUGAUCAUCAAAAAGUCACAUCUUCUAAGAGUUGCGCCGACUUGGGCGAAUGUAUCGCUCCAACUUAAAAACGAUCCGGCCGCAGACAAAGCGUUCGGCUGGGUUCUAGAAAUGUAUGGCUAUGCUGUUGCUUCGGCUUUGCAUGGGAUCCAGCACAUACUGCAUAAGAAUUUCAUGGUUCAGCCGCCGUGGGACGGCAAACUAGGCGAGGUGUACAUGAUCCACUACACUUACGGAUGCGACUACACAAUGAAGGGAGAAUUGACUUACGGCAAAGUCGGGGAGUGGAGAUUCGACAAGCGUUCCUACACUCAGAAGGUCAUGCCCCAGAAUCUGACGCUUCCACCUCCAGGCGUUCCAGAAACAGUGGUGAGAUUAGUACAGAUGGUAAAUGAGGCCACUGCAAACCUUCCAAACUGGACAAUGCAGUGAGUGCUGCUAGGCUCGACAAUGGUACAUAGCUAAAUUUUUGCGAAAUCUAAGGACGUAUAAGGAGACUGGGACCCCAUUUUGUCAGCAAAGGGAAUCUUUCAAAUAAACUUCUUUCCAAUCGAAGCCGUGCCGAGCAAAUCGCUGGUGAGAUAACCAUAGUUUUUAGCCCGCUCGAAUAUUUCUUUCUGCCAAAAGUUGAAAAACCGCAUUAAAGUUUUAAGCAUCUUGCGACA